GAACAAGCCAACCUAGACAUUGGGAUUGUUGUUUGGAUUCGGCAAAUUGUACAGAGCCAUUUCCCAAAAUUGAUAAACACAUAUAUCGAUUCUUCAGGAACAGCCAUUGCCUGCGCCUUGCUCUUGACUUUUCUUUCUUGCCACAUUUGGUUCAAGUGCGGACUACCCCCGGAUAACUGUAAAGAAUCGGCAGUCUCUUAGACUUCAUGGCGGAUGUGGAGAAGGCGAAGGCAAGGGAGGAGACUGGACGGAAACCCAACGACCUAAGCAUGGACGACAAAGUAAAGAUUGCCAUCGAGCUGAACGCCCUUCGCGAGAAAUGGUCGGAGCAGUUCUUUCAGGACAACCCGAAGUCGGUGAACUUCUUUGGUGUCACCAUGGACUCAAACAACAUGCCAGCCAUUCAAAUUGGGGUGGAUCCAGCUGCAGACGAAGCAUCCCUCGUGAUUCCAGAGGAACUCCGGGGCGUAAACUUGGUCUUCAACAAGGUGCGUCGAGCACCACAAGCUCGUCCCCUGAGGAAAGUAGUUUGUACUGAGAGUGAAUGACUCUAGUGUGAACAGAUUCUCAUUGCAUGCCUAGAACGGGAGGGACGCUGUACAGUUUCCCGUGCUGGCAAAAGAAA